AUGUAUAAUAGAAAUAAUGACACAUCAUCAAAUCAUUGUCGUAUAUUUGAUACUGGUAAAAGUUUAUUAAAUUUCGAUUGUCAUGCGAUAGCACUUAAUGAUCAAGAAACACGUCUAUUACUUGUUGGCAAUCAUGAACUCGCAUUUAUUAAUUUCGAAACGAUAAUUUCACAAAUUGAUAAUGGAAUCGGCGGUGAUACGAAUGUAUUUAUACCAUCUUUAGCUGAUAUUAAAUGUGUACCAUUAUUUGAUAUGUGUAAUGUUAAUCGACCAAUUGUUGAAUGGAAUCAUUUGGAUCCUAAUCAAUAUGCGGUAGCUAUAGAUCGUCUUGUUCGUCUUUAUACAGUUGAUCAUACACAUAUUAAUGAAACGAAUGCUAUCAUUGAUUCACAACAUCAGCGUCCUAUUUCAACAAUAGCUUAUUCACCGCAUGAUUCACAUUGGUUAUUAACAGGUUCACUUGAUGGUCAAAUUCAAGUAUGGGAUACUCGACAUUGUUCAUCUAAAAGUCCAGCUAAUUUAAAACAUACAGUAUCAACACCAUUUAGUAUUCGUCGUAUUCAAUGGUCAUCAGUAAAAUCUGAUAAUUUAAAUCAAUUAGCUGUUCAAUGUGACCGAUGCAUACGAAUAUAUGAUAUACGUCGUAUUGAUUCACAUUUAUACUCAUCAACUGAUUUAGAACAUACACAACGUAUAAUUAGUAUGGAUUGGAUAAGACAUGAUUUUUCAAUCAUUACACUUUCUAUGGAUAAUUCUAUAAGAAUAUAUUCAACAACCGGUCAAAUUCUUGCCGAAUCAUUACCCAAUGAACAGUCUUCUUGUACAUUCAAUAAAAUUCGAACAACGAUUUAUGAUAAUUUAUUUGUUUGUGCAUCUCGUGAUUCUAUUCCAUCAACAUGUGGUUUCUUGGGAUGGCGUUGGGAUGGAGAUCAAUAUUUACAACCAUUAACAAACCGUAUAUUAUCAACAACUCCAUCACCAAUAGUUGAUUUUUGUUCUAUUACAAACCCUCGAUUUUUUAGUUUAUUUAAUAAUUCUUCAUCAUCUCAUAUAAAUGAUGAUUCAACCAAUCGUUUUCUUUUACUUACUUGGUGCCGUGAUGGAAAUUUAUAUUUAGUUGAUAUGGAUUCAACAUUUCGACAAGCAUGGUUAAAUCAAAGUACCCGAAAUAAAAUGAUGAAUUCAUCUGAUUUAUCCAGUUCGAUAAGUAUCUCUCGAGCAUCAACACAUCCAUCGCGACCACAAACAAUAGCUCGAAGUAGUUGGGCAGUUACGACAAUGGAUGCUAUUAAAAGUGAAACAACGGAUAGCGGAGAAACUACCGAUGAUGAUGAUAAUGCUUUUCAAGAAAUGCCAUCAUCACCACCUAAUACACUAGAGUCUUCCGAAGCAAGCGAUGAAAAUGAUUAUCCUAUGAUUCCCGAUCGAAGUAAUAAUACAAUAACAGCAGUGUCGGUUGAAAAUGAAUUAAAUUCUCUCCUUGAUAGCUAUGGUUCAUAUAUAACCGUUGAAACAAAAGAUGAAAAGCGUCGCAUGUGUAUACUUCGUUGUGUAUAUUCUUUAGAAAAUACGUCCACAUUUCGUAUAUAUCUUAUUUUUUCUCGUCAUUAUCCCAUAAUAUCACAAUUAUUUGUUCGUUUUAAAUUAUCAAUAAUAAAUAAUGAUGAACGUUUGAAAUCAUUGCAAUCUAAUAUACAAAAGAUGUUUGAUGAAACAUGUUAUAAUUGUUUUUAUCAUGGACAAUUAUGUUUACAUAAAUGUUUAAUGAAAUUAAAACAUUUAUUUGAUAAAUAUUAUAAACAAGAAAAAUUAGUUUCAACAACGUCAUCAACAAUAAAUACACCAAAUAAAAAACGUGAACAUUCAUCAACAAAUUUUGAUAUUGAUUCAAUAAAUGAUUUUACAAAUACUAAUUCUAAUAAUCCAACUGCAAAUAAUGAUAAUAAUCCUAAUCGAAUAUUUAUGACAUCAUCAUCAACACGUACAAAUGAUAGUCAAAUAUCAAGUGCAUCAAAUGUUCAUAGUCGUCGACGUACAUGUGGUGCUCGUUUUUCCGGUAGUUCACAUUUAAUAUGUUUUGGUCGGACAGGUAACAAUCAACAAUUAAAUUCAGCACCGGUUUUAACUGCAUUAAAUGAUGGAACAAUGAAUCGACCACAAUCAUUACCUAUACGUUCAACAAGUUUAACAGUAACAAAAACCCGUGAAAAUUCUAGUACUGAUGAACAAUCAAGUUAUCGAACUCCAGCAACAAAUACAGUACAAAUACAAUAUAUACCGAAUAAUCAACGAUUGCCAAUAUUUUCGGCACCUGUACGUUCAUCGUUUGUUAAUAGUAUAUUUAGUGAUCAUCAACGUACACCAACAGCAUAUCGUCGUUCACUUGGCCAAAUAAUUCCUCCACAUUCAACUGUAUCAAUAUAUGAUGUUUCUAUAUUAUUACCUGUUAGUAAAAAAUUAGCUGAUGAUUACAAAAUUGAUUUGAAAAAUCCAGUUGAAAUGUGUGAUAUGAAUCAACAAAUAGCACGAGAAUUGGGUAAAAAUGAUUUAUCACAUUGUUGGCGUUUACUUGGUGGUUUGUUAUCAUUACAACCAAGUUUACAAAAUGAUGAUUCUUGGUUUCAAACACCAAUAGCUCAAGGUUUAAUCAAACAUUUAGUUUCUAAUUAUGUUAUGAAUGGUGAUAUACAAUCAGCAAGUAUGUUUCUUUUAACAAUGUCUCAAACUUCAUAUUUGAAAACAAGAAUUCAAACAAGAUUAGUUAAUGAACAUGAUUAUGAUCCAAUUUUAUAUGCUUAUGCAUGUUUAUUACAUCGAUGGAGACAUUUUUAUAAACGAACACAAAUUUUAUCUCAAAUAGAUCAUAAUUGUCAAUCACCAGCACCAUUUAAUCAAACAAUAACACCAGCAACUAUCAUAUGUUCAAUUUGUUUACAACCCGUUCUAGGUCAACAUUUUUUAUGUUCAAUAUGUGAUCAUGGUGGACAUUUAACACAUAUGCAUGAAUGGUUUUCAUCAGACGGACUUAAACAUAAAUAUUGUCCAGAAAAAGAUUGUACAUGUCGAUGUAUUAUAAAACAACAAGAAUUAUUAGCAAUGAAUACAGUUCAAUUACAACAACAACAGCAGCAACAACAGCAAACACCAACAAUUACAUCAAGGUCUUAUUUCGCUCGUCAACCAUCAACUAAUAUUCGUCCUUUAUAG